CCCUGAGCAGGGGAAAUCCACAAAUUCACUUGACAACCCACUGGCUUCAUCUAAGGGAAUCUAAUGGAUCUAAGAGGGUACUUAAACAGGAUCGGGUUUACUGGACCAUAUGACAAACCUGAUCUGGACACAUUACGCACCAUCCAUAAGCUGCAUGUUAUGACCAUUCCAUUUGAGAACCUCAGCAUCCACUGUGGGGAGAAGAACACGACGGACCUGAACAUCAUCUAUGAUAAAAUAGUCAAAAGCAAUCGUGGAGGCUGGUGUUGUGAAAACAACCUCUUGUUCUCAUGGGUCCUAAAGGAGAUGGGUUACAAAUACACCACACUAGGCUCCAAGGUGUUUAAUAAGUUCCAAAAUGAUUUCUACCCCGUGGACUCUCAUCUCAUCAAUAUAGUGGAGAUUGAUGGGAAGCCUUACAUUACCGACGUGAGCUAUGGAGUGUCGUGCCAACUGUGGUAUCCCUUAGAGAUGAUCUCGGGUAAAGAUCAGCCGCAGCCUCCAGGUGUGUUCCGCCUGCUAAACAAUGGGAUGACGUGGGUUCUGGAGAAGACUACAAGAAAGCAAGUGGUCAAAGACAAGGCCUAUGCUCAUUCCAGCCUCAUUGACAGGCGCCUGACGAAGAAAAUGUAUUGCUUUCCAUUAACACCCCGUGAGAAAGAGCAUUUUGUGGAGACCCUGGAUUGCUUGCAGACCAGUCCUGAUUCUCGGUUUGUGCUGAAGUCCAUUUGCUCCCUUCAGACGCCCAACGGCUUCAGAGCUCUGAUUGGCUGGACUUACAGCGAGAUCACAUACAACCCCGAGGAGGACUGUGACAUGGUGGACAUGAAGGAAAUCCCUGACUGUGAAAUAGAAGCUGUGCUGAAGGAAAAGUUUAAUGUGAUGUUAGUUAAUAAGUUCACACCUAAAAACAAAAAAGCUAAUUAUUGCAUGUAAUACAGUACUGUACCAUUAACCGUAAGUAUUGUCAAGCAUCUCAAACUUGUCAC